AUGCCGAGUGUGGACCCAUUGCUGGAUUCUGUGGACUACGAUCCCGUCGGCCACUUGAAUGCCAUCUUCUCCCAUCAUAGCACCCUCUCCUCCCUGGAACAGACCUCCUCCACUCUUCUUCAACUCCAGCAUGGCCUGGAUCGCCAGAUCGAGCAAUCCAUAUCCACACAGAUCGCCUCGGAUGGAGAUAAUAUCUCUCGGAUUCAGAAUACGAAAGCCGAAUUGGCUGGCCUCUUCACAAAGAUCGACAAUGUGCGUUCACAAGCAGCACAGACGGAGCAAUCGAUUGCGGAGAUGACCGCAGACAUCAAGCGGUUGGACGGCGCAAAGCGGAACUUGACCUUAUCAAUGACCGUCUUGAAGCGACUGCAAAUGCUCACGACGGCCUAUGAGCAGCUUCAGACCCUGAGCAAGACAAGACAGUACCGAGAAUGUGCGCAGUUGCUUCAAGCAGUUCUGCAACUAGCGGCCCAUUUUAAGGGCUACAGAUCUAUCGACCAGAUCGCAACGCUCAGUCGGAACGUGUCGGAUUUGCAAAGAGAGCUGCUGGAGAACAUUUGCGAAGAUUUCGAGGUCAUAUUUGCGAAAGGAGAAGUAGCACAAAAGAAAGGGCUGUUGGCAGAAGCUUGUCUCGUAAUGGAUGCGAUUGGAGAACAUGCUAGGUCGCGGCUGGUGACUUGGUAUUGCAAUACCCAAUUGAGAGAAUAUCGGCAAAUCUUCCGAGGCAACGAUGAGGCCGGGUCUUUGGACAACAUUUCCCGCCGAUAUUCCUGGUUUAAUCGCAUGCUUAAGACAUACGACCAUGAGCAUGCCGCUAUAUUCCCAGCCCAUUGGAAGGUUGGGGAGACGUUGGCACAAGCGUUCUCGGAAGGGACCAGAGACGACUUCAAAGAUAUUUUACAGCGAUUAGCCCGCCGAUCGGAAGGUCAAUCGAUAGAUGUCAACCUCCUGCUCUCCUGCAUGCAAGAGACGCUGAAUUUUGAACAUACACUCGAGCGCCGCUUCGCAACGAACCCUCGGAUGUCCGUAGAUACAGCUACCUCCGCAGAUGAUCGUUCCCACGGGAUUGGGCAGGUCAUCUCCGAAGCCUUCGAACCAUACAUGAGCCUAUGGGUUGAAUCUCAAGACCAGCAGCUCGCUACCCUCGUUGCAGAUUAUCGACGACAAGCUCCGAGGAAUCCAGAUGAGGAGUUUUCCCCGCAACAAGUGAUUCCAUCAUCCACCGAACUUUUCCACUUCUACCGCCUCGCACUCACUCAGUGCGCGAAACUAUCUACCGGGUCACGGUUGCUCGAGCUAUCACGAACGUUUGCCAAGUAUCUUGAUACGUAUGCCCAGCAAGUGCUGUUCUACUACCUCAGCGAGCGUUGGGGUCCACAAGGUCCAUCCCUCGAGGACUCGAUUCUGAUCCUCAACACUGCGGAUUACUGCUAUAUCACCUCCAAUCAACUCGAGGAGAAAAUCAAAGCGAGGAUUGACGAGGAGUUUCGACCCGAAGUGGAUCUCCAGAGUCAAGCUGAUGCGUUCAUGGGUGUUGCCAGUGCCGCUAUCCGUGUCCUAAUACGCAAGGUUGAGGUCGAAUGCGAGCCGAUAUGGAAAGAAAUGCGGCAAACACCGUGGGGAAAGUUGGAAACGGUCGGAGACCAGAGCACAUUCAUGACGGAGCUUCUGCGAAAAAUGAAAACGAUCGUUGGGGAUAUUCUCAAAUAUCUGCCAAAGCAGCAAUAUGCUCGAGCGUUUUGUGACAACGUGGUGGAUCAAACCGUCAACACAUUCGUUCUGAACAUUGUUCAAUGCAGGCCUAUCUCGGAGACCGGUGCGGAGCAAAUGCUGCUCGAUUCCUAUGCUCUCAAGACAGGAUUUGGCGAAAUCGCAGAACUGGCGGGUCCAUCGGGUGGUCCGCCCCCUGCAGCCUUCAUGAAGCGUGUGAACUCAUCGCUAUCUAAACUCGAUGGACUUCUUAAGACCAUUCAAGUUCGUCCCUCGCCCCCAGAAGCGCUUGUCCAGGCGUAUCUGCUUCAUAUCGCCGAUCGUUCCGAACCCAACUUUCGAAGGCUUCUCGACCUCAAGGGCAUCCGCCGUCAAGACUACACGGCUCUGCUCGACCUUUUCAACGCCCAUUGCCAGGGACCACAGAACGAAUCGUUGCAGGCUUCUUCCCAAUUCAUGGCGGGCCUUCCAAUGGCAGCGGCGCCCGCUCAGUCCGGCAACCCGCUCACAUCGCUCAAGGAUUCGGGCGGGAUAGGUACGCCAAACCUCAGCGGCAGUCGGUUCGAUCCCGCGGUAUUUGGGUCGGCUCUUAUCAGCGCGGCACGAGAAGGUGUCGACCGAUUCGGAGGCCCUGCACUUGGGUCGAUGCCCGGAGGAUCCAAAGGGUCUGGGACGACGUCGCCUCCGCCGCCUCCGCCGCCGCAACACGCCGCUACGUCGUUCGAUAGUCCCACGGCAAGUCAGACGGCUACAAACCUGAACGAGAAUCUGAGGAACAUCGGGAAGUUCUUCAAACGAGAUUUGGGUGCGAUUGGACGGUUUGGCAGAACAACCGACGGGGAUGGAAUAGAGAGGCGAUGA